CAGAAUCCAGAAGAACCUAGAAGCAUGAUUAAUGAAGAACAUGGGAUAAAAUCAAAGAACAUUCUGGAGUGUCUCAUCAUAAAUUAUAUCACUACAACAUUAUAUACAUCAAAUCAAGUUCACAUAUACUAGCUAGAACAUUAUUAAAUCAAUGGCUGACACUAUCUUUGGAUACCCUUUUAGACCCUUUUUCUUGGGUCAUCGUCCAAUUUUUAGAGAAUACUCUGCCUCAACACCACUCUUGGAUUGGAUUGAAUCCCCAACUUCUCAUAUCCUCAAAUUCAACUUUCCAGGAUUGAGCAAAGAUGAGAUAAAAGUGCAGAUUGAGGAGGGGAAUAUUUUGCAUGUGAGAGGAGAAAGUGGGAAAGAGGAGAAUUUUGGAAAGGAUAGUGUUUGGCAUGUAGCUGAAAGAGGGACUGGAAAUGGGGAUUUCUCAAGGAUGAUUGAAUUGCCUGAGAAUGUGAAAUUUGAUCAGAUUAAGGCACAUGUUGAAAAUGGUGUUCUUACUGUUGUUGUUCCUAAAGAUGCAGCACCAAAAUCACCUAAAGUUCGAAACAUUAAUAUCACUAGUAGGCUUUAAGAUUUGGAUGAUUAUAAUUGUGUUGAUAUGAUUGGGAAUGGAGAGAAAAAAAAUAAAGAUGUAUCCUAUGAUGUAAACAAUUGCAUAUUGUGAUGAAUAAUGAAUAUGUGAUUAAUAUUAAUAAGACUUGUUUAUAUAA